AAUCCCCUGUCCUCUUUGCCUCCCUAAAAAACGCUCACACUCCUAAUCCCUCUCAAUUUUUUCAAACCAACCCCUCUCUCUCUCUCUCUCUCUUUCUCUCUAAGUCUUUAGCAACAAUGGCGCGUCUUCUCUUCCGUCUUCUCCAAGAGGCAAGUCCUCCAUCUCCGGCGGGAGCUGCUCCGGCUUUCAACCCUGACCUCGUCCUCAUCCUCGCGGUUCUUCUUUGUGCACUGACGUGCGUCCUCGGCUUAAUAGCCGUCUCACGUUGCGCCUGGCUCCGACGUAUGGCCACCAGAAACAGAGCGGAUCAGACUCAUCAACCCCCCGUAGCUGCAGCCAACAAAGGUUUGAAGAAGAAAGUGCUCCGAUCGUUACCUAAGCUAACUUACUCGCCGGACUCGCCGCCGGCUGAGAAACUCGUCGAGUGCGCGAUUUGUCUUACGGAGUUCGCAGCCGGAGACGAGCUCAGGGUGUUGCCGCAGUGUGGUCACGGUUUCCACGUAUUGUGUAUCGACACGUGGCUUGGAUCCCACUCUUCUUGUCCUUCUUGCCGUCAAAUCUUAGUGGUUGCCAGGUGUCAUAAAUGUGGCGGGUUACCCGGUAGCUCAAGUUCAGGAUCCGAACCUGAUACCCUAAUCAAGCAAAGUGAAGAUGAUCCUGAUAACUUCUUACCUUGAUUAUUUUUUUUUUUUAAAACAUUUUCCCAUUUAUUUUUUUCAUGAAUGGUUUUCGAUUAAACAAGAUAUGAUAUUUAAAAAAAGUGUUCCUUAUCUUUUUAAAGGAUAAAGUUACUCGGCAGGCAUGUACAUAUAUUUUAUCUAUUGUAAAUUUAUUAUACGAAAUGGAAAGUGAAUUAGUCCUUUAUUUCU